UCAGCCAGUGUGAUGCUGCUGCCGCAGCUGUGGCCCCAGCCAUGAUCCCCACCCGUCCUGUUGAGGGUUUCAAGGUGGAGGCUCUGGUUGGUCUGCAAUCCGAGCCGACUUCCCAGAGGAGGCAGCACAGGCUGAGGGUGACGGGUGGAAAGGGAACCAGACCGCAGUAACCCCACAGAGAAGGCUGGGGGUUGGGAACAUAGGUGGUGCCUGAAGCACCUGGGCCUGGAGUAUGCAAGUGUGGGGUUUUCAUUAUCCCCAGCCUGUGGGGAUGCCUUGGAAGGUCGUGAACGAGCUCCCCUUCCCCUUCCCUACAAUGAUGCAUCUUUUGAAGGGAACUGGCAAACUGAGCAGAAAAGGGCUCAGAAACAGCAGGGCAUCCACCCAGAGAUGCUGCCUGCCCCCUCCCCCGAAACCGUGGAAAAGGAAGAUCAUUUAACAAGUACUGAUGGGGUAUUUGCGGUGUGCCAGGCACCAACCUAUGCCCUGGGGAUACAGUGGUGAACCAGAUACACGGCCCUCGUGGGGCUGAGGUUCUGGCCAACUUCUUAUUUGUGCCUGUCCCUCGGGGCAGAUGGUAGCCCCAAUGGCUGUCCCCAGCUCACCAGCCUUUGCUCUCUGCCGGGAUGGGAAGGUUUCGGGGCAACAGUAAGACCCCUUAGUCCUUGGAAUCCCCCCAAUUCGGGCCUUUCUCUCCUUGAGACCACCUUCAGCACUCGCUCUGGCCAAAGUCAGGGGCCUAAGGGUGACUUGGGGGAUCACGCUAUGAGGCCCUAAUUCUCGCUGGCUAAACACAAGGCCUAGAAUCCAGUAGUUGCCCCAUAAACGGUGCCAUCGGUGGUUUCCAGGAGGCGACUAGCUGCCCAGACUUAACCGGGAAAAGUAAGGUGGAAUUAGUCGCGGGUCCUGCGGGUUUGCUGUGCGCAUGCGCCUCCUUGGGGGAGGGGCGCGCCGGUCCCGCCCCCUCCUCGCCUUCCGGGCGCGUCCCGCGUGCUCGGGUCGCCCCGACUGCUUCCUGAGUGGCCGUGAGCGAGGCGGUGACACCAUGUCCCUGGAGGCGAUCCGCUACUCUCGGGGCUCGCUAGAGAUCCUCGACCAGCUGCUCCUGCCCCAGCACAGUCGCUACGAGGCAGUGGGCUCGGUGCGCCAGGCCUGGGAGGCUAUCCGCGCCAUGAAGGUGCGCGGCGCCCCGGCCAUCGCGCUCGUGGGCUGCCUCAGCCUCGCCGUGGAGCUGCAGGCGGGCGCGGGGGGACCGGGACUCGCCGCGCUGGUGGCCUUCGUGCGCGACGCGCUGAGCUUCCUGGUCACCGCCCGGCCCACCGCCGUCAACAUGGCCCGCGCUGCCCGCCACCUGGCCGAGACCGCAGCCCUGGAGGCUGAGCGCGAGGGCGCCACGGAGGCGGCGGUCCGGGAAAGAGUGAUCCGCUGCGCUGAGGACAUGCUGGAGAAAGACCUCAAGGACAAUCGGAGCAUUGGGGACCUAGGAGCCCACCACAUCCUGGAGCGGGCAGCUCCUGGGGGCGGCAAGGUGACCGUGCUGACCCACUGUAACACUGGUGCGCUGGCCACUGCUGGCUAUGGGACAGCUCUGGGUGAGUGGGCAUCCAUGGGAAUGGGGAAGGGGCCUUUUUGGAUGCUAGAGAAAGAAACCCUAACCACUUUACCCACCAAAAAGAUGUGAAUUUAUUCUGGUACACAAGUGCUUAGGGUGUUAGCUUCAGGCACGGCUGGAUCCGGGGGUCAAAUAGUGGCAUCAGGAUCCAUCUGUCCCCGUUCCUAAAUUCUGCCCUCCAUGGCGGCAUCAUUCUCUGCUCCACAGGUCAGCGGGGAGGCUGCUAGGGUUCAGAUCAUGAAAAGCCAAAAGUCUCUAAGCUGACAGUGCCAGAAAAGUCUCCUCGUAUCUCAGGGGCUUUGAUGGGGUCACUGGCCUAUCCAGGAUCAAUCAGUGGGUCCAGCGCAAGCCGUGUGCCUAGAGAAUGCGCUGGAUGCGAACUCCAAGAGGACUGAGAAGGGGGGGCUCCCCAAAAGAAAGAUUGGGAUUUCCUCUGACCAAGAGAUUUGACUACCUGCCUGGGCCCUGCCUUUGUGCCUGGGGACUGAGGCCUUGAUGGCAAGACACCGAUUUAUUCACUAAACAAACACCGAUUAAGAACCAGAGUGCCCCGGGGCGCCUGGGUGGCUCAGUUGGUUAAGCGACUGCCUUCGGCUCAGGUCAUGAUC